CAAGGAUCCACCAGCAACAAACUGAUGCUCCGGGGCAGUGGCUAUGGCUGAGGAGAGCACGGCUGCUGACCACGAGGGGCUCCUGAGGAGGGUGCAGGAGCUGGAAGCGGAGGUGAAGCGGCUGCAGGAGAAGCUCCAGGAUGACAAGGAGGGCACUGGGAGGAGAGAGGCUGCUCUGGCCCCCGGGAAAGCCAAAAAACGCCCACAAAGGCCCUUCGAUUUCAGCGCGCACGGCCGCAGACACGUGGCACUGCGCAUCGCCUACCUGGGCUGGGGCUACCAGGGCUUUGCCAGCCAGGAGAACACCCCCAACACCAUUGAGGAGAAGCUCUUUGAAGCCUUGAAGAAGACACGGCUGGUGGACAGUAGAGAGACCUCCAACUACCAUCGCUGCGGGCGCACGGACAAGGGAGUCAGUGCCUUUGGGCAGGUGAUUUCCCUGGAUCUCCGCUCCAGCCUGCCACCGGAGGGGCAGCAGCAAAACGGGCACGCGGGCGAGGGGCAGCGGGAGGAGCUCCGCUACACCCACAUCCUGAACAGGGUGCUGCCCCCCGACAUCCGGGUGCUGGCCUGGGCCCCCGUGGCGCCGGAGUUCAGCGCCCGCUUCAGCUGCCAGCGCCGCACCUACCGGUACUUCUUCCCCUGCGCCCAGCUGGACGUGGCCCUCAUGGACAGCGCCGCCCAGCGCUACGUGGGCACCCACGACUUCCGCAACCUCUGCAAGAUGGACGUGGCCAACGGGGUGCUCAACUUCCAGAGGACGAUCCUCAGCGCCCGCGUGACGUGGGUGGAGAGAGGGGGAGAAUCCGGGCCGCGGGAUCCCUUCCGGCUGUGCCAGUUCGAGGUGACGGGGCAGGCCUUCCUGUACCACCAGGUCCGCUGCAUGAUGGCCGUGCUCUUCCUCAUCGGCCAGGGCAUGGAGAGCCCGGACAUCAUCGACCAACUGCUGGACGUGGAGAAGAACCCCCGGAAACCGCAGUACAGCAUGGCAGUCGAGUUCCCCCUGGUCCUGUACGACUGCGAGUUCCCAGACCUGCAGUGGCUUUACGACCCAGAGGUGCAGGGCUUCAACGUGACACACCUGCAGCAGCUCUGGGCCAGCCACGCCGUCAAAACCCACGUGCUUCGGGACAUGUUGGCAGGGCUGGACACUGCUCCCAUGGCCACUGGCAAAGGUUCCCAUGGGCCACUGCUCGAGCUCGUCCAGAUCCCUCUGGAUGCCACCCUGUCCCUCAGGCAUGACACAGGCGCACACAGAAGGCGAAUCCCCAAGGAUCCAGCACAGCGACAGCUCCGGGAGCUCACCGCGCUGAGCCAGCAGCUGCAGCGGGUUCACCCCAACGUCCUGGCCAAGAUCCUCAAGCAGGAAACUGUGUACCAGAACGAGGAGAUCGUGGUGAUCAACAAACCCUACGGGCUCCCUGUGCAUGGCGGCCCUGGCAUCAAGAACUGCAUCGCUGACGUGCUGCCCAUUUUGGCCAAGAUGCUGGAGAACAUGAGAGCUGAGCCCCUCCACCUCUGCCACCGGCUGGACAAGGAGACCACGGGUGUCAUGGUGCUGGCACGGAACAGGGAGACAGCGGACAAGGUCCGGCUGCUCUUCAAAACCCGUCAGGUGGAGAAGAUCUACUGGGCAAUUGUCCUGGGGGACCCAGACCCUGCUGAGGGCAUCGUGGAGAUCCCCAUCGUGGAGAAGGAGGUGCAAAGCCACCAGUCGCACUACAAGAUGACGCUGGCUCCCAACUACCGCCUGUGUCCGGAGGAUGGGAAGGUGGUGAAAACCCGCAGGAACCGGAGCGCCGAGAGCGCGGUGACGCGGUACCGCCGGCUGGCCGGCGCCUCCGCCUGCUCGCUGCUGGAGCUCCAGCCCAUCACCGGGGUGAAGCACCAGAUCCGUGUUCACUUGGCUUAUGGCUUGGGGUGCCCCAUCCUCGGGGAUCACAAAUACUCACAUUGGAGCAAGCUGGCACCCCAGAAGCUUCCCGUGCUCACCUUGAGGAGGCUGAAGCUGCAGCAGAGCAAGGCUCGGCACCUGCCCCUGCACCUGCACGCCCACCGGCUCUGCCUGCCCUUGGGCCAGCCCAUAGACCUCGUCUGCAAACCACCCCGCUUCUUCCAAAAAACGCUGAAGAAGCUGGAGCUGGACAUUGCUAAGGACUGAUGAGGAGUGGGGCCGGUUAUCUCCUCACGUCCAGCACGUGGCAGUGGCUGUGCCCGCCUUGGAGCCAGAAGUGGGGUGAAGCCUACAGUCUGUAGGCUGGUGUUGCUGGAUUCAGAACAGGUGCCUGCGUGUGCUUCUGGCACAGGAAAGCAGCUGGGCACACUGAAGAGCCUCUAGACAAAUGAGGCUGGAUGGACAUUGGGCUCUGCCUGAUCCAUGUUUUGGACUUGUCUCCGAGCAAUAAAAGCUCCGGUUCCCUCGA